CUAGUCCCUCCCCGCCAUGUUUCCGUAUAGUAAGUGACUGCUUUACCUUCUAAAAAAUUGCAUUCGUUCAGUUGGGGGAAAGACAAGACUGAAACUCUUAUGAGCUAUGCGGAUCUAGGCCAGUGAUUUGAAGAAAGGUCGAGGCUUUGCUGUCUAGUUGGUUUAAGAAGUACUGGAGAGAAGUAGUCCAGACGUUGAGGCCUACACAAGGCGAGUGCCGGAGGGAGUCUCUGAAAGAUUCGAAACUUUACGGCAUUGAGGUCUCGUUCUCGGAUUCAGUCUGAACUCCUCAGCGCAGCACCGGGAGAGGCCGGCAGCCGGCGGCCUGUGCCCGGAGCCGGAUCACCGUGGCUCAUCAGAGCCGCCUCCUUCCACCGCUGGCUCGGCCAUGGCCAAGAACUAUGACUCGGUAGAGUUUCCGUACUGCGAUGAGGUGUCCAAGUACGAGCGGCUGGCUAAGAUCGGACAGGGCACGUUUGGAGAGGUAUUCAAGGCCAAACAUCGACAGACUGGGAAAAAAGUUGCACUCAAGAAAGUGUUAAUGGAAAAUGAGAAAGAAGGGUUUCCCAUCACAGCUCUGCGAGAAAUAAAAAUCCUACAGCUUCUGAAACACGAGAAUGUGGUAAAUCUCAUCGAGAUCUGCAGGACCAAAGUUUCUCCUACAGCCAACCAGUAUAAUAGAUACAAGGGCAGCAUCUUCCUGGUGUUUGACUUUUGCGAACACGAUUUGGCUGGCCUGCUUAGUAAUGCUCAUGUGAAGUUCACUCUUUCCGAGAUCAAAAAGGUGAUGCAGAUGCUUCUCAACGGCUUGUACUACAUCCACAGGAACAAGAUCUUACACCGAGACAUGAAGGCUGCAAAUGUUCUGAUCACUAGAGAUGGCGUACUGAAGCUCGCUGACUUUGGUUUGGCACGGGCAUUCAGCCUUGCAAAGAACAGCCAGCCCAAUAGAUACACCAACCGCGUAGUCACGCUCUGGUAUAGACCACCUGAGCUCCUUUUAGGAGAGCGAGACUAUGGCCCACCGAUUGACUUAUGGGGAGCCGGCUGCAUCAUGGCAGAGAUGUGGACCAGGAGCCCAAUAAUGCAGGGAAACACUGAGCAGCACCAGCUAACGCUAAUCAGCCAGCUGUGCGGCUCCAUUACUCCAGAGGUCUGGCCCAACGUAGAUAAAUAUGAGUUAUACCAGAAGCUGGAGCUGCCCAAAGCCCAGAAGAGAAAAGUGAAGGAGAGGCUAAAGGCUUAUGUCAAAGACCCUUAUGCUCUGGACCUUAUAGACAAGCUGCUGGUUUUGGAUCCAGCUACGAGAACAGACAGUGAUGACGCUCUUAAUCAUGAUUUCUUCUGGUCUGACCCAAUGCCAUCUGACCUGAAAAAUAUGUUAUCGACCCACAAUCAGUCCAUGUUUGAAUAUUUAGCUCCUCCAAGACGACGGGGAGGUCAUAUGCCCCAACAGCCAGCCAAUCAGGGCAGGAACCCUGCUGCAGCAAACCAAUCUGAAUUUGACAGAGUUUUCUAAAGACUCUCUGUGAACUUGAACAUUUUGCCUUAUUUAUGGGACCUAGAAAGUUAACCCACACGUGGCUCAUUUCUCCUCUGAGAACCAGCGAUCAUUUAUUUUAAAACGGCAUUUUCACAUAGUAAUAAGACCAGAUCACUUUCCUUUGUAUCAGGAAAGAUCCAACAAACAACCACUUUGAAAUUGAGCAUUUUUUCAUAAUUUUUUUUUCUUUCAGGUUGGGAUUCUCAUACAGAUUUCAGUCACGCUGUAGCGGAAUAAACAAGCACUUUGUAAAUGAAUGUGUAUUCCCUUUUCUAGUAGUGAAGGAUCAGUUAACUGCUGGAUCCAGGGUGAAUUUAAAGGGUUUUCUUCCCUCACUAGAAGGAUCUACUGCCUUUAUGCUACAUGUCCUUUUCAGAACCUAGAAAAGGUAACUGCUACUGACAGAUUUUUCUAAUAUAUAAAUUAAAACUUGUUAUACUUGAAAUAAAUAAUGGGCAUUAUUCAGAAAACUUGGGCCCUUAUACUUCCAUGUUACUAGCCGAGAGUGGUUGCUGUUUUAUAGAAUAUUAUGUUGUGGUAUCUCUAGGCUUCCUGUGUUCUCCUUUAUUAUGUUUUUUUUUUAUAAGAACCCUAAAUUAAAUGCUUUUUUUUUCUA